AUGAAAUUGACCAUAACAUUAGCCCAUAACGAUCAAAUCUUGGACAUUGAUGUGUCCAGUGAAAUGCUACUAUCUGACCUCAAAGUCCUGUUGGAGUUGGAAACUUCCGUACUUAAAAACGACCAACAAUUAUUUUACAAUAACAACCUGCUCACUGGAGAUGACUCGCCACUGGAAGAUUUAGGACUCAAAGAUAAUGAACUCAUAAUUCUGAGCAAAGUCGAAGCACAUAGUGAUGUCAAUUCACACUUGAACUCUGUUAGAGAACAGUUGAUACAAAACCCGCUAUACCAGGCCAGUUUACCUCCAAGUCUUAGAGAUAAGCUCGACGACCCUCAAGGCUUCAAAGAAGAAGUGGAAAAACUAAUCCAAUUGGGGCAGUUUGGACAAUACGGGCCUUCCCGUACUUCCGUCCAACAGGAAUUAGACAGACUACAAAGAGAUCCUGACAAUCCACAAAAUCAGAAACGAAUUAUGGAGCUCAUUAACGAACAAGCUAUAGAGGAAAAUAUGAAUACUGCUUUUGAAAUCUCACCUGAAUCUUUCGUUUCCGUGAAUAUGCUCUAUAUAAAUGUGGAAAUUAAUGGUGUCCAUUGUAAAGCAUUCGUCGAUAGUGGAGCCCAAACGACCAUAAUGUCCCCUAAACUCGCAGAGAAAUGCAACCUUGCGAAUCUAAUUGAUAAAAGGUUCCGAGGAGUCGCACAGGGUGUAGGAAGUUCUGAAAUCAUUGGUCGUAUCCAUUCUGCUCCCAUAAAAAUCGAAGAUAUUAUUGUUCCCUGCUCAUUCACUGUUUUGGAUACCAAGGUUGACCUUCUAUUCGGACUUGAUAUGUUGAGAAGACAUCAGUGUGUGAUUGACCUUAAGAACAACUGUUUACAAAUUGCAGACAGAAAGACAGAAUUUUUAGGAGAAGCAGACAUCCCAAAGGAAUUCUUUAACCAACCAAUGGAAGCUCCAUCCACAGCUCCUGUCCCAAAACCUGUACAACCUCCUCAACAACUCGGUCAGCGGCCGGCUGGAAGCCCUCCCUCCACAAUUCAAAGACCAGCAGUACAACCGCCACCUGUGGAUAUACCUCCAGAAAAAAUCCAGCAGUUGAUCAACCUUGGAUUCGGAGAAGAGGAGUCGAAAGAAGCACUUAUUAGAUCUAGAGGAAAUGUGGAAGUUGCAGCGGCUUUGUUAUUCAACUAG